UUUAACCCGGAGUACACUCAGGAGCAGUACGUUCUCACUCACUGCUCCCUGAGCAGCGAGCGAAGUCUUCAGACACAGUCCAUACACAUUCAUGCCUCAAGCUCUGACUCUGCAGGUGGGGGCUUUCUUUCUGAUACCCAUUCCUCUGGUCCAGUAUUGGAAACAGGGUCUUUACCACAAGGCCUUGAGAGGAUGGCUCCUCCAGAGCCAUCAUCCUUAUCUCGCUGGGCGGACCCAGCAUGGCAACAAAACCUUUCAGCGGACACUCCUGACAAUGUUGCUAAAAAAAAUGGGCAUCUGGAUGGAGGCGACGAGUCUCGAAGACAGAAAGCAUUAGCUCGUUCUACAAUGGCAGCAAGGAGUUUUUCAUCACCACAGGGUGAACUGGAAAUGCAUCGCCUCCGGAGAGCUCUUGAGAGGGUCUCCUUUGACCAGACUCUUGGAGGACGAUUGGAUGAAAGUGAGGGAGAAACAAGGCCUUCAUCAAGAGGGACAGUUUCCCACAGAAGCCUGUCUGACUCCAACGGACUCCUGUUUCCUGCUUCGCCCCUGGACUGGGACAGCCUCACUGACCCAGAGUAUCUAUUUACUGCUGCUCAGCCUGAAGAUCCUCCCUCAGGUCAGUGUCGCUCCAUCAUUCAUGGUCUGCUGAGUGGCAAACCUGUGUCCUGGGAGGUUACUGUGGACAUGGGACAUCUCUGGCCACCGGAAGACCAGGACACCACUGGAGUCAAUGAAUGUAGAAUUGGGGACGAUGUAGGAAAGCCAUGGGAGGAGAUCAUUCACCACCUGACGGCUCGCUCAGUAAUAAGGGACUUUGAAAAGCUGGCAGAAAAAGAGAGUGAAACUGGACAUGGGUCAGGUAAACGGUAUCGCAUGAAGGCUAUUCAGACAAGCAAGCACUGUAACAUCAUAUGCAUGUACACAGCCUUCACCAUUACCAAUGGCAGCACAAGCAAAGGCUUGACUGAGAGCACAGACGUCCGAAACACAGGAAUUCAUAUGGGGAACAGGCAAACUUCUCAGCCUGGAGGUCGCAGGCAGGGGGUUUAUUCUGCCGGUCUGGGAAGACGGCGGAUCAGCGGCGAAAGUGAAGAGGCUGAAGACACCUGGAACUUUACAGACGCAGGUGGAUUCUGUUCCAUGGCUACUGUAACAACAGGGAUGUCGUGCAAUCGUUCACAGCGCUCUAUAGAGAGCAAGUCAAUGGAGAGCUUCUUUAGUACCAGGUUCCAGCUGGGUCGACUCAGGUCCUCUAUUUCAUCCGGAAAACAGGUUCCCCUCAAAUCUCACUGUCUAUCAGCAGAGACCGACAAACAGCCAGAGAGUGAAACUCCAGACUACCAGCCCCUGGUGCAUUUACAACUUGCAUCAGGGGCUUUUCUCCUGACGGUGAUGUACUCAGAGUGUGUCCAAAUCCCCCUGGACCGCCUUAAGAGAGCAUCACCUUACAGCCUUCACCGACGUAGCCUCAGCCCAGCUUUUCGCUGCACUUCUCCCAGCGCUCCCUCUUUGUCCACCUCUGCCAAGCCCCCAGGUGCUCCCACGAUUCACCAUGUCACCUUUUCUCCUUCCUCGUGCUCUCUGGCCAAACCGGGUGCUCCUCCCUUCCACCACACUCCAGUGGACAACCCUUUGAUUUUGGAGUCGAGGCUUCUGCGAAAACAUUUGUCGGACCGAGACCCUGUCACCUCUCCCCCUGAUCUCCCGAGCUCUGAGGAGGGAUCCUUGGAGCUGUCUACUGGUCCCUCUCACAGUCAAAGCCUUGGACAAGCAGACAGCGGCCGUGGUUCAGAGACUGAUAUAUACGAGGGGACUUCAGCAGAGCUAGCAGACCUCCUGGGUAGCAGCCAGUUGGCUCAGGAAGAUCUAGAAGGUUCCACCUGGGCCACCGCUGUAGCUCUGGCGUGGCUGGAGCACCGGUGUGCUGGCUACUUCAUGGAGUGGGAGCUGGUGGCAGCAAAAGCAGAUUUCUGGUUGCGCUGUCAGAAACUGCCAGAGGGAGUGGACCUUGCAGGGCUAAGAGGAGCAGCCAGACAGCUGUUUCUGCUGCUGCGCCACUGGGAUGAAAACAUCAAGUUCAACAUGCUGUGUUAUAACCCCAAUAAUAUGUGAGACAGUCAGUUCAGAGGUACAAAAACAGAUCCACAGUCAUGUGGAAAAAUUAGGACACCCCAACUAUUUUUUAAAUAUUUUGGUUGAUUUGUAAUUAGCAAGAAUUUUUGAUAAAAAUGUGUUUGUUUGUAAAAUUUGUUUAUAAGUAAACAAAAAUGAAAAUUGUUUUCCUUAUUAAAGAAAGGAAAUAAAUGAGCAAAAAGUUAGAACACUCCACCCACUAGAAGCUAGUUUUUGCCCCUUUGACUGAAAUGACUUCAGUUACUGCUUGUAUCCACCUGCCAGUCUCUGACAUUGCUCUGAGGAAAGUUUGUCCCACUCCUCACAUUCAGCUGAGAGAUGUUUGAGGGGUUUUAAGUCACUCCACAAUGUCUCACAAAAAUCUGAUCUGGGCUUUGACUUUCCAUUUCUUAAUGGUCUUUGGUGAAUUCACUGUUAAUUUGGGGAGCACUGUCAUUAUGGAAGGACCGGUUCUGCUUCGUCUUUAGUUGAGUAAAACUUGUGCAGUCUCAAAUUUGUGUUCACUCUCACUUCAACAGACAAGAUCACACCAGAUAUAAAUGACUGAGGUUUAAACUGGGCAAAUCGCCUUGAAAAUGUUGGCUAACAAUGUUCCAGUCAUUUGCACUUGAUAAAAAGUAAUAAAUGUGAGACAGUCCUAAUUCA